AUGCGAAACGUGUAUGGGUCGGACGCCUCUUCGCAGCGGUAUAGGUCACUAAUUCGCGGUGCGAAAUGGGCAAAUGAACUCAUUUACCAUCUGUCUCAGACUAAAUGGGGCUUGCGUAGCUGGGAUAUAGUCUACACUGCUGAACAUCAAGUCGAUUUUUUCACUCGUUUGAAUGACAAUUAUACUAUUCGACCCGAUGCCUUCGUAGCGGGGUUAAAGGAAGAUUUUUAUCCAGAUCAUCCCUCAGAGGCAUCAGUGCCCUUGGCAAUUCCUUCAAUUCUACAACGAAUUUACGAUGAUACAGUACCUCUAGGAGAUAUUUGCAAGAUCCUAGGAUAUAAAAACUAUGAGAAUCUUGAACUUUCCGGUCUAAAUGCAUUCCUCGCUAAGACCAAAAAGCGGAAAGCGAGGAUAGGUACAAAUUCGUCAAAACGGCGCCGUGUGAAUCCUCCUGUCUUGUCGGAAGAUGACAACGAUAGCUCAACACAAUCGUCAAGCAGUAGCGUUUAUUCAUCCACACCAGAAUUACCUACAACCCCUGAGAUGGUUAUCCUAUCUGAAGAGUGCUCAACGAGGACGUCUAUGCCAACGGAAAUCCCUAUCAGCGCCGGGAUAACCGAUUCGAAUGAGAAGAUGGUUUAUGUCAGUACCCACGAUACAUACCUUAAUACCCCAAUCGGCGACCCCUCCACGUCACAGUAUAUGUCUCUUGAUCACCCUCGCCCUAGAGAUGAUUCACCUCAUGCUUCCUCCCUACCAAAGGAUAUGCGAAGUCAAUUAUUUCCCACAAUCACAGUGGCCGAGUUUGAAGCAGACAGUCAAGGUCCUCGACCAUCCGCAGCAAGCCUUCUUUCCAAUAUAAAUAAGUUGCCAGUUCUCGAGUCACCUUCAAACCUUGCGACAUCAUCCACCAAAACGCCUGAUCAGGUAUUCCUUCACAGCACUACCGCUCAGCAAGAGACAAGAGAGAAUCCUGAGGUAUCCAAUGUGCAGUUCGAUACGGUGCACACUUAUACCGAGGAAAAUGACUUCCAGAGGGAGCAAGUACGUAACUUGGACAUGGAUCAUUUCGGUGGGUGGUUAAGAGUACCGGGUGGACACAGGAGCGGACGGGUUUCAAAUAACGAUGACCCGUCACUACGACCGGCGAAUUGGAACCAGCUGAGCAUAUCAGCGACCAGCACAAACGAGCAUCCUGCCCCACAGCAUCCCGGGAGUGAUCCUCAAUUGAGCGACCCUGGUCUGCCGCUUCCACCGAGAAACUGGAACCAGCUGAAUAAUGAGCUCUCUCCGAGUGAUCCCCAGUCGAACGACCUUGGCUUGCCGUGUCUACCGGAAGAAUGGGAGCAACAGUAUAAUUUAGCGACAUUAGACUGGCAUGAUUCUCAAUUGAACGAGCUUGGCUUGCCGGGUCCGAGAAACUGGAACCAGCCGAAUAAUGAGCUCUCUCCGAGUGAUCCUCGAUUGGACGACCCUGGCUUGCCGAGUCUACCGAAAGACUGGGACCAGCAGUAUAAUUUAGCGACGUUGAAGGUCUUCUGGCGACCUGGGAGUGAACCUUCAUUGAACCAUCUUGAAUUGCCGAGCCUACCGCCAAAUUGGGACCAGCUAAAUACAAUCGAGCUCUCACAUCAACCUAGGGGUGAUACUCAGUUGGACGACCUUGGCCUGCCCAGUCUACCGAAAGACUGGGACCAGUUGUAUAAUUUAGCGACAUUAGACUGGCAUGAUCCCCAAUCGAACGACCUUGGCUUGCCGUGUCUACCGGAAGAAUGGGAGCAACAGUAUAAUUUAGCGACAUUAGACUGGCAUGAUUCUCAAUUAAACGAGCUUGGCUUGCCGGGUCCGAGAAACUGGGACCAAUUGAAUAAUGAGCUCUCUCCCUCACAGCAACCCAGGAGUGAUCCUGAAUUGAACGACCUUGGCCUGCCGAAUCUACCAACAACUUGGGAUCAGUUAAAUAUUGAGCUCUCUCCCUCACAGCAACCUAGGAGGAGGGAUCCUCAAUCGAACGACCUUCCUCCGCUAUUAGACUCUUUCGACAGGACUCAGGGCCAUCAAUCGCAGCCUUCGUUUCCACCUACAUCACAUAUGGCCUCGGAGUCAUUUCACCAGAGCCCUUUUUCUUCUUCUCAUUAUUCUAGCAGAAUCAUUGGAGUCAAGUAA